AUGCCUCCUUUGCCUAUCGUCGCUCUCUGCUCGAUACUGGCCGCAGCGCAUUCUGACGGCUUGGAACGACAUCCUGCUGCCUCUGUGUCCGCUGCUUUCCCCAAGGCAGCGAGCAGGGGCUGGAGCCUAGAAGCGUCGGCUGGCGCAUCGAAACUGCAUGGCUCCGCGGCUAAGUGGUUGGCUGGAGCACGGGGCGAAGGCGCGGCGCAACGUUGUGGAGGUAGCUUGGGCCCAGGAAGGGAUAUGGGUACAGGUUUGCGUCUGUACCCAGCCGAGGCCUCUGGGGCGUCUGAAUGGCUCCUUGACAACUUCGUUUCUGACGUUCUGCGGAGACCUGUCUCCUCGAACUGGUUCUUCUGGCUCUGUUCUCGCCCUUCCGUGCAGCAUUCGGUUUUGGAAAGCUCCCCGCUGUCGCCGCUGGGCGCGAUGUUCGGUGAUCCUGCGGCUGGUACCGCUUGCUCUGUUCCUCUCACCCACGCAGAUCUCCGUGAAGGACGGCCCACUAGCUCCAGAUCCCUCCCGUUGUCGUCAGAGUUGCGGUUCCUUCGGGACGCCCGCGUGUGGGUGCUGGAUGGUGCAUACGUGCAGGAAGGCGGGGCAGUCCAGUUGGCUGGCUCGGAGGCAGCGAGCGGGACGUCGGCGUGGACUUUGGUCUGUGAGAACGCGUCGGUGUGCUCGGAAAGCGUCUUAUGCUUUGGUGGCGCUUGUCUCCCACAAUAUAGCAUGGUCCUCUGGCCCCUCGUGGGUAAGGAUGGUGUUGGAAAGUCAGGCAUGGUGGUGGAAAACCCGAAGCCCUCGGGCGCUAGGGGAAGUACUAUGGAGCAGGAACUGAGAGCGCGCGUGUGGGCGUGGGUCUCGUGUUUGAGCUGGUGUCGUUGCGGGGGAAGAGGGCGUGGUCCUGCCCUCUUCGAGACUUGUCUGCGUAAAGAUGCUUUCGAAGCAAAUUUUUUCCACAUUGAUGUCUUCGUGAUAUCUUGCUCUGUCUCCGUACCCUGGUUGGCGGCGGUCGUCCGAAAACAGUAUCCCUUCCACUAUCCGACAUGCAUUGGCCAUCAGCAUAGUGGAAACGGUCAUCAGUCACUUAGACUACCCUUACAAAUUGAUAGAUCUCGGAGUAGAUCCCAAAGUCAUGCAUUGGUCAUGCAACGCAUGUUCUCCAUUAUCGCGUGCCGUGGACCACUCGAUGUUCACGGAGGCGCGCAGCGGCAUACGAUACCGCAACGAAUUGUGACGAGGAGCAUCCUGCGUACACAGCUCAACUCUCUGCUGCCACGACGUGCAGUUGGAUACUCACAAGAGUUCUGUCCAUCCGAGGACCGUCGCAGCCAUGUUCGUCCAGACGAGGCCGAACUUCUCAAGCGAGGCGCGCUGGGUUCCAUGCAAUUAUCGGUGCAGCACAUCGACGUACGCGGACGCAGGCUGAGCGUGAGGUCCGCCUGCCACAAAGUGAGGAGCCCACAGAUCAGGGCACUCGCCGGCGCGAGAGGAGGGAUGUGCCUAGGCGGUCCUCGAGUAGCUAGGCCGUUGCGCCCUGUAGACGGUCAAUACGCUCAACCGGACCUUGCGCGUUAUUUGUGCGCCUGGCAAUAUCCAACCCGUAUAUGGGACCUCAAAGCCGUACACUGCGCGGGCGGCGCCAAAUAG